CUCACGGAACAUGAGAUCAUGACCUCAGCCAAAGUCCGAGGCUCAACCAAUGGAGCCACCCAGGUGUCCCUAUUUCUCUUCUGAAAUCACUGAAGGGGUUUAAGCCAGGAAGUGACUUGGUUGCUCUACAAAAAAUGUUGCAGGAUCUUAAUCGGGAGACACGGGAGGCUCCGUAUGGUGGUCUGGGUAAUGAAAAGGGCAACAUAUUUAUUUCACUUACAACACAACAGUACAACAGAUAUAUUUGUUUAUGCACUGGAUAAGGGUGGUGAGGAAAAAGGAGGACGCAAGAAUGAUUCUUUUAUUUGUCUUGAGUAACUGGGCAGAAACAUUGUCCCUCUGCUCCACUGUUUCCCUAACUCGUAGCCUAGUUUGACACACAGCAGGUUUCAAUAAGUAUUUGUCAAAUGAUAAAUAUUUGUAGCACCUGGAGGGGUCAACAGCUGGGAAUCAGUACUAGCUAAAAGCAAUAACGGCAUUAUGAGCUACGACAGGAAACAGAUUUAGGGAUAGACUUGCCCAAAGGAGCAAUGGAGACUUUGAGACUGAACCCACUAGACUUGAGUUCCAGCCUAGACGGGAAAGCUUAGUUUUUAUCUUUCCUCCUUUCUUCCCGUUUACAUCGACUUCCUUUGUUCAUUUUAACUCCUGGCUCUGCAUCCUCUUCUCUACUCCGAACUGGCUUACCUCAAAUACAAUUAUUUUCUGGGGAAAGAAGGCGAACUGAAUGAAGAGGCAGUGGGAAGUCAGCUAGGGAAGGGGGAAGUUGAAGGAUAUAUAGAAUAAGGUAAUUAACACUGUAGUUCAUCAAAGUAGGUAUUCUAAAACUACUAACCAGUACUACUAAAAUAGUAAAAAAUAUGACCACAUGUAAGAGGGUGGUUAUUCAGCUGAAUUUAAAUCCCAGCGCCUCCAUUAAUAACUGUAUGCUUUUAAGCAAAUUACUUAACCAUAUGAACUCAGUUCCCUCAGAAUCUAUGAAAUGGGGAUGAUAAUGUUAUCUGCCUCAAAGAGUUGUUCUCAAAAUCAGUAAGACGAUCCAUUUUAUAUGUUUAGCACCCGAACAAGGUACACGCUCAAUUAACCUUAGCAGUUUUUUCUUUAAAAUCAAGUACAGCAGGGAGAGAUGGUACUGCUUGUCAUGAAUAUUACAGCACCACACUGGAAAGAAGAGGAUCCCUUCAAAAGACGCAGAGGAGGCUGUACUGGCGGAGAUCUGAAAUAUGUAUGGAAUUUAGACUGUCGUAGCACAGCGCCUCGCAGCGGUAGGUACUUGAUACCCUCAGAAUGAGAAAAAGAGAAAAAGAAGAAAGCAAUCAAGCCUAUACGCGUCUAUUCUGGGAAAAACUUAUUUCGUCCAUGAGGGCGGCUGGGGAUGACAAGGUGGGGUCACGCAGCGAGGGAAGUGGCCCUUAGGGUGCAGGAAGGGCUACUUCUAGGCGACUCUCGGGCCGCGAGAACCUGCUCACGCCCGCAGGGACCGGCCCGGGCGGAGGCUAGCCCCCAUUCCUUGGCCCGUCCCCGGGGGAGUCGCGCGGCUAAGUGUGGUGGCAGAGGCCUCACCUCCAGGCCUUUGCUACGUCUUGUCUCCACGACGGUAUCCGAGUUUGGCGUCCGUGCCAACGGAGGAGGUACCCGCCACAGCCACCAGGCAGCGUCCCACCCCGCGCGGCACGCGGUGCUCUGCGGGAAGCUCCGACCCUCCGCACGCAGACCACCCACCAGCCCCACCGCACACCACCUGCCGGCGUUCCAACAUCCGCCCCGGGUUUGAAAGCUCCUUCCCGGAACCUGUGGGAAGCCCACAGCUCGAGCCUCCACGCUCCCAGGCGCCGUUCCGGAAGCCCCGCCCACUCCCAGCGUGCAGUGCGGUGACUUGGCCGCCAUUGUUUGAAUUUGAAAAAGGAAACAUCGCCCUGCUGCUCGCAGGUCUGGCAGGCCUGGCCGCUUGUGCAGGUGAAGAGGUGGGCCCAGGUGAGGGUGCGACGUGGGUGACUGCGCAAAUACCAGGCCCGAGGCUGGGAAACGGCGCUGGCUGUUUACUCUUAUUCUUGCAGAAUGGAAUCUAAUUUAAAUCAAGAUGGAGUGCCUAGACCAUCUUAUGUUUUUAGUGCCGACCCAAUUGCAAGACCUUCGGAAAUAAACUUUGAUGGCAUUAAACUUAAUCUCUCUCAUGAAUUUUCCUUGGUUGCUUCAAAUGCCGAGGCAAAUAGUUUGGAAUCCAAAGAUUAUCUCCAGGUUUGUCUUCGAAUAAGACCGUUUACACAGUCAGAAAAAGAGCAUGAAUCUGAGGGCUGUGUGUAUGUUCUAGACUCACAGACUAUUCUGCUGAAAGAUCCUCAAAGCAUCCUUGGUCGGUUAAGUGAGAAAAGCUCUGGGCAGAUGGCACAGAAAUUCAGUUUUUCCAAGGUUUUUGGCCCAGAAACUACACAGAAGGAGUUUUUCCAGGGUUGCAUUAUGCAGCCAGUAAAAGACCUUUUGAAAGGACAAAGUCGGCUGAUUUUUACGUAUGGGCUAACCAAUUCAGGAAAAACAUAUACAUUUCAAGGCACAGAAGAAAAUAUUGGUAUUCUGCCGCGAACUUUGAAUGUAUUAUUUGAUAGUCUUCAGGAAAGACUGUAUACAAAGAUGAACCUUAAACCACAUAGAUCUAGAGAAUUCUUACGGUUAUCACCAGACCAAGAGAAAGAAGAGGUUGCUAGCAAAGUUGCACUGCUUCGGCAAAUUAAAGAGGUUGUGAUGCAAAAUGACAGUUAUGAUAUUCUUCACGGAAGUUUAAUAAACUCUUUGGAUAUCCCAGAGUGUGAAGAAUCCAUGAAAGAUUGUGAACAAGCCAGCUUGAAUAUUGAUAAUAAUAUAAAAUUUUCUGUGUGGGUUUCUUUCUUUGAGAUUUACAAUGAAUGUAUUUAUGACUUGUUUGUUCCUGUAUCAUCUAAGUUCCAAAAGAGAAAGAUGCUACGCCUUUCACAAGAUGUAAAGGGGUAUUCUUUUAUAAAAGAUCUACAAUGGAUUCAAGUGUCUGAUGCCAAAGAAGCAUACAGACUUUUAAAACUAGGAAUAAAACACCAGAGUGUUGCCUUCACAAAGCUGAACAAUGCUUCUAGUAGAAGUCACAGCAUAUUCACUAUUAGACUGUUACAGAUUGAAGAUUCUGAAAUGCCUCGUGUAAUGCGAGUCAGUGAAUUGUGUUUAUGUGACCUAGCUGGUUCAGAAAGAAGCAUGAAGACACAGAAUGAAGGGGAAAGGUUAAGAGAGACGGGGAACAUCAAUACUUCUUUAUUGACUCUGGGAAAGUGUAUCAAUGUUUUGAAAAACAGUGAAAAAUCAAAGUUCCAACAGCAUGUGCCUUUCCGGGAAAGUAAACUGACUCACUAUUUUCAAAGUUUUUUUAAUGGUAAAGGGAAAAUAUGCAUGAUUGUCAAUAUCAGCCAGUGUUAUUUUUCUUAUGAUGAAACCCUCAAUGUGUUGAAAUUCUCAGCCAUUGCACAAAAAGUUUGUGUUCCAGACAUUUUAAAUUCUUCUCAAGAGAAACCAUUUGGACCUGUCAAGUCUUCUCAAGAUGUAUCAUUAGAUAUUAAUAAUUCAGUUAAUAAAAUAUUAAAUGUAAAAAGAUCCACGAUUUCAUGGGAAAGUAGUCUAGAAGACCUGGUGGAAGAUGAAGAUAUAAUUGAGGGUCUAGAAAAAGGUGAAGAAAACCAGCGUGUACAAAGUGAACUUACUGAUGAAGAUCUAGAUAAAACAUCGGAAGAAGAUAAGGCUUUCAUUAGCCAUGAGGAGAAAAAGAAACUGUUGGAUUUAAUAGAAGACUUGAAGAAAAAACUAAUAAGUGAAAGAAAAGAAAAGUUAACAUUGGAAUUUAAAAUUCGUGAUGAAGUUACACAGGAGUUUACUCAAUAUUUAGCUCAACGGGAAGCUGACUUUAAGGAAACUCUCCUUCAUGAACGAGAGAUACUUGAGGAAAAUGCUGAAUGUCGUUUGGCUAUCUUCAAGGAUUUGGUUGGUAAAUGUGACACUCAAGAAGAACCAAAGAAUGAAGAUUGUGACAUGAAAGUUGAAAACAAAGAAGCACAUAAUUAUGUAGGAAUUGAAGAUAUUAUUGAUUCUCUUCAAGAUGAUGUCACUGAUAUUAAGAAACAGGCUGAAAUUGCUCACUUAUAUAUUGCAUCUCUUGCUGACCCCCAGGAAGCUUUUGCUUGUUUAGAAAUAAAGUUUAAUCAAGUUAAAGCUGAAUUAGCUAAAACUAAAGAAGAGUUAAUCAAAACCCAGGAAGAGUUAAAAAAGAAAGAAAAUGAAUCAGAAAUUAAUGUAAAUUCAUUGGUUCAAGAGCUUGAGAAAUCUAAUAAGACAAAACUGCAGAAUCAAAAAAUUCAAGAGUUGGAAAAUAUGAUUGCUCAAAAAGAGGAUACAAUCAACAAAUUUCGGAACCUAAAAUUUCAUACGGAAAACACUUUUAUAAGCAGUGACAAGGCUGGUACAUCUUCUUUAAUAAUAAAUAAUACAUUGGCUUGUAAUGAAACACUUCAAGUGCUUGAGGAUGACAAAAACAACACCGAUUCGGGAGGAAAAAGACUAAAUGAAAAUGAACUUCAACUAGAAGAACCACCAGCAAAGAAAGGACCUAUCAACAUAAGCCCAACUAUUACUGAAGAUGAAAAGAAAAGGGAGGAAAUGCAGAGGAUCGUUUCAGAAGAUGAGGAAGGCAUUAGAAUUUUACAAGAAAAUAAUGAAAAGCUGAAAACAUGUCUACUCAUGACUGAGAAUGAACUUAAAAAUGAAAAGGAAGAAAAAGCAGAAUUAAAUAAAAAGAUCAUUAGUUUGCAGGAGGAACUUUCUUUUUCUGAGAAAAAGAGUUUUACUUUAAAUACAGAGGUCCAACAAAUUCAGUCAAAUUAUGAUAAUGCAAUUUCUGAAUUACAUGUGCAGAGAGGUAUAAAUCAAGAACAGGAGGAAAAGAUUGAGAAAUUGUCAAAGGAGAUAGAAAUCGCUAGAACAAAUAUCACAACUAAUGUUUCACAAAUAAAAUUAAUGCAAGCAAAAAUAGAUGAACUACGAAUGCUUGAUUCAGUUUCUCAGAUUGCAAACAUAGAUUUACUCAAUCUCAGGGGUCUGUCCAGUGGCUCUCAAAAGGAUAAUUUACCGAAUACACACCUUUUAGAUAAUGAUGAUUUGGUAAGCAAGCAGGGUAACAAAUAUCAUAUUCAAGAACUCGGUAGGGAAAGUUCUUUCCAUGCUACUGUUGAAGCCAUUUGGGAAGCAUGUAAGGAGAUUGUAAAGGCCUCUUCCAGAAAAAGUCAUCAGAUCCAGGGACUGGAACAACAAGUGGAAAAAUUACAGGCAGAAUUAAAAGGCUGUAUGGAUGAAAACAACAGACUCAAAACAGAGGAGAGAGACGAUAAAAAUCAAGGUGACCUGCUAAAAGAAAAAGAAAAUCUUAUACAGCAGCUAAAACAGGAAUUGGAAGAAAAAAACCUUUUUCUUGAUGUUCAAGUACAGCAUGUAGUUGAAGGGAAGAGGGCACUUUCAGAACUGACACAAGAUGUUACUUGCUAUAAGAUGAAGAUAAAGGAACUUGAAGCAAUCUUAGAAACCCAAAAAGAUGAACGUAGUUGUUCAGCCAAGUUAGAACAAGAAAUAGUGGAAAAGGAAUCUAUCAUCUCAAAGCUAGAGAGAAAUCUGAAGGAAUUUCAAGCAAAUCUUCAGGAUUCUAUUAAAAACACCAAAGAUUUAAGUGAAAAGGAAGUCAAGUUGAAAGAAGAAAUCACACAAUUAACAAAUAAUUUGCGAGAUGCAAAGCAUUCUCUUCAGUUAAAGGAAGAAGAAAAUGAAACCAACCGCCAAGAAGCAGAAAAGUUGAAAGAGGAGCUCUCUGUAAGCUCUGCUCUUACCCAGAAUCUGAAAGUAGAUCUUCAGAGGAAGGAAGAGGACUAUGCUGAGUUGAAAGAGAAACUGGCUGAUGCGAAAAAACAGAUUGAGCAAGUACAGAAAGAGGUAUCUGUAAUGCGCGAUGAGGAAAAAUUGCUGAGAAUGAAAAUCAAUGAACUGGAGAAAAAGAAAAACCAGUGUUCCCAGGAAAUAGAUAUGAAACAGAGAACCAUUCAGCAACUGAAGGAGCAGUUAAAUAAUCAGAAUGUGAAAGAAGCUAUACAACAGUAUGAGAGAGUGUGCAAAGAUCUAAAUUUUAAAGAGAAAAUAAUUGAAGACAUGCGACUGACGCUGGAGGAACAGGAACAGACUCAGGCAGAACAAGAUCAAGUGCUCGAGGUGAAAUUAGAGGAAGCUGAAAGAUUGGCCACAGAAUUGGAAAAAUGGAAGGAAAAAUACAAAGAUCUGGAAGCCAAAACUAGUCAAAGGUCAAAUAAAGAACUUGGGGAUAACACAGAUGUACUUAGUGAAAAGCUCAGUAAACUUCAGGAUGAGUUACAGGAAUCUGAACAUAAAUAUAAAGCUGAUAGAAAGAAAUGGCUAGAAGAAAAAAUGAUGCUUAUCACUCAAGCAAAAGAAGCUGAGAAUCUACGAAACAAAGAGAUGAAAAAAUAUGCUGAAGACAGAGAGCGUUGUUUAAAGCAACAAAAUGAACUGGAAAUACUUACAGCACAACUGGCAGAGAAAGAUGACAACCUUCAGAAAUGGCGAGAAGAACGGGAUCGACUGGUCGCAGCUUUAGAAAUACAGCUGAAGGGACUGAUCUCCAGUAACAUACAGAAAGAUAAUGAAAUUGAACAAUUAAAGAAGGUCACAUUGGAGCCUUCUGAAACGGAACAACAAAAUGUGGAUAUCAAGCUUAGACAAAGGAGUUCAGUGGAUCCUGGCAGAGUUGAAACUGAACCUCAGUCAGUAAGUUUUGAAAUUUCUAGGAAUGAUGUAGAGGAUGGCUCUGUGGUCCUUGACUCUUGUGAAGUAUCAACAGAAAGUAAUCAAACUACUCGAUUUCCAAAACCUGAGUUAGAGAUUCAGUUUACGCCUCUCCGGCCAAACCAAAUGGCAGUGAAACACCCUGGUUGCGCCUUACCAGUGACAGUUAAAAUUUCCAAGACUCGAAAGAGGAAAAGUAAUGAAAUGGAAGAGAGUAGUAUAUUUUCGAGCUGGUGGAAAAGCAGAAAUAGUAUUAACCAUACUCCUGAGGCUCUCUGUCAGGACUUGGUGAAAUAUGAAAAUAAGAAGAAUGCUACACCCAGAACUAAUUUGAAGUCUCCUGUUUCUGAGCAUAGAAAUUCUUCUGACAAAAGGGAACAAAAGGUUUCCACACGUCCAUCAUCUAAAAAAACAUACUCUUUACGGAGUCAGGCAUCCACAGUUAGCACAAACGUGGCCACUAAGAAAAAAGAAGGAACGCUGCAGAAAUUUGGAGACUUCUUACAACAUUCUCCAACAAUUCUUCAAUCAAAAGCAAAGAAGAUAAUUGAAACGAUGAGCUCUUCAAAGCUCUCAAAUGUAGAAGUAAGUAAAGAAAAUGUGUCUCGACCAAAACGGGCCAAGCGGAAAUUAUACACAAAUGAAAUUUCAUCUCCUAUCGAUAUAUCUGGCCAAGUGAUUUUGAUGGACCAUAAAGUAAAGGAGAGUGAUCAUCAGAUUCUCAAACGACGGCUUCGAACUAAAACAGCCAAAUAAGUCACUUGUGGAGGAUGUUUUAAUAUAAAUUUUAUGUUCAUAAUCAUUGUAACUUGUAUGCUGACUUUUCAAAGAGAAUUGUAUAUAUUAUGAUGCACUUAAUCCCUUUGUGUAGACCAUGGCAUUUUAUACAUGGUAUAAUUUUAAUUCAAUAAAGACAAUGUCAACAGCCCAGUU